UCUCCCUCUCUCUGUGUACAUUCUUUCUCUCUCUGUCAAACCAAGUUGCUCAUCAUGGCUCUAUUUUGCUCCAUUUCCACCGAAAAUCAUCAUCGCUCAGACCUCAGUGCGACGUACAUAAACUACUAUUUACUCAGUGUGUCGACAAAUAAAUAAUAUUAAUAAUAAGGAAAAUUAAAACCAUAAAUAAACAAAUAAAAAAAAAAUAACCAACAACAAUAACAACAAUAACAACAACAACUACAACAAUAACAACAACUGUGUAAAAUUAAAAAAAUAACAAUUUAUUCAUGAUGUGAUUAUUUAUUUAUUUUAUGUUUUUUUUUUUUUUUUUUUUUGUUUUUUACUUUAUGAAAUUUAUAAUAAUAAUGAUGAUGAUGAUGAUUAUUGUGUUGAAACAGUGGCUGAGUGUUGAUGAGGAUUGUAUUUAUUCACAAUCCUAGUCAAGGAAUAGUUAAUUAAAUAAUAAUAAAUAAAAUAAAUAGAUAUAAACAAUUAUAAUAAUAAUUAAAAAUAUAAAUUUCGAUUAUUGGAGUAGUUGAAGUAAUUUAUCUGCAUUUUGGUUAGGUUAUAAUCAGAGAUGCGAUUUGAAAGACAAAAAAAACACAACUUCACCAGGAAUAUAUCCAGGCGACAGAUAUUUAUUGUGUUUAUUAAUUUUUUACAUAAAAAAUAUUUAAACAGUGUCUAGUUUUUUUAUCUGUUGUUAAUUUUUUUUUUUCUUUUUUUUGGUAUUGUUUUUUUUUAAUGAGAAAAAAAAUAUUAAUUGUUUUAAUUUUGUUGGUGGUUUUUUAUUGUUUUUUUUUUGUGUUUUUUUAUUGUGGACCCGGUGGAGAUGUUCUCGACACCGGUGUCAGUGGUGGGUGAGCCAUCAGGCUAUGAUUUUGGAAAAGAAGAAAAUGCUGCAAAAUGGAAAGGUGUUUUUGUAAAUUCACUGAGAAAGGUUUUGGAGCAAGUUCAUCCAAGUCUUGAGGCACGUCAAGAUGCUCUUGAUUAUGUUGAAAGUUUGAUAUUAAGAAUGUUGGGUAUGUUGUGUGGUCAUCCACCUCCACAUACACCACAAGAUGUUGAAGAAAGAGUUAGAAGAACAUUUCCAACUCCAAUUGAUAGAUGGGCAUUACGAGAUGCUCGAGAUGCACUUGAAAAAGGAAAAAAAAAAUCACCACUAGUCUUACCUGUUGAUAAAAUUCAUCAAUUACUUCAAAAAGAAGUUUUACAGCAUAAAAUUGAUUCUCAAGUUAGCUUAUUUGUUGUUGGAGUACUGGAAUACAUAUCUGCAGAUAUCUUAAAGUUGGCUGGAAACUAUGUGAAAAAUAUACGUCAUGUUGAAAUAUCCUGUGAGGAUAUAAGAGUUGCAAUGUAUGCUGACAUGGUUUUGAUGGACAUGUUUUAUCAAGAUGAUGCAACAGAAGGAGCUCAAAGUGGUCUUGGUGCAGUUGUAUCACAAACAUAUGAAGAAUCAGUACGAGAUUUGAUACAUGAUGAACGACAUUAUCUUCGUGAUCUUCAUAUGAUAAUUAAAGUAUUUCGUGAAGAAAUAGCAAAACUAGUCAGUGAUAAAACAGAACUUGAAACAUUAUUUAGUAAUAUAAUGGAUAUAUAUGAAGUAACAGUAACAUUACUUGGUAGCCUUGAGGAUAUUAUGGAAAUAACUGAAGAAAAACAAACACCAACAGUUGGUUCAUGUUUUGAAGAACUUGCUGAAGCUGCUGAAUUUGAUGUUUAUAUUAAAUAUGCACGUGAUAUUAAUAGUCAAAGUAGUCGUGAUGUUAUGACAAGAUUAAUGUCAAAUCCAGAUGCAAGUACAGCAUUACGUGCUGCUGGACAUGGUUUUAAAGAAGCUGUUAAAUAUUAUUUACCAAAAUUAUUAUUUCAACCAGUGAGACAUUGUUUUUUAUAUUUUCAAUAUAUUGAAGUAUUACAUGAACGUACACCUAGUACUGAGGAUAGUGAAACACUUGAACAGGUAUUGGGUUUAUUGAAUCCAUUACAUUUAGAAUUGAAAAAAAUUGUUGGUAAAAAAGAUACUGGAUUACGUCGUAUGCAGAGUCGUGCUAGACGACAAGCUGCUACUGAAAAAACAUUAGAACUACAAAAAACAGUUGAUGGAUGGGAUCAACGUGAUAUUGGACAAUGUUGUAAUGAAUUUAUACGUGAAGAUUUAUUAGGUAAAGUUGGUAAUAACGGUAGAAGAUUAACUGAAAGACGUGCAUUAUUAUUUGAUGGUUUAUUGGUAUUAUGUAAACCAUCAUCAAGUAAAAGAGUUAGUGUUAGUGUUGGUACAAUUGGUCCAAGUAGUGGACAUCAUCAUCAUCAUCAAACUCAUCAGUGUGAAUUACGUCUUAAAGAAAGAUUUUUUAUAAGAAAAGUUGAUAUUAUUGAUAAAGAAGAUACUGAAGAAUUAAAAAAUGCAUUUGAAAUAGCACCUCGUGAUCAUUCAAAUGUAACACUUGUUGCAAAAUCAAUUGAUGAAAAAAAUAGUUGGAUGGCUGAUCUUGUUAUGUUAAAUACAAAAAGUAUGCUUGAAAGAACAUUAGAUAGUAUAUUAUUAGAUGAAGAAAGAAAACAUCCAUUGACAUUACCACCACCAUCUUUGUAUAAAUUUGCAGAACAAGAUUGUCCAGAAAAUGUUGUACUUGAAGCACGUGAAAAUGGUGGUAUGCCAUUAUUAAAAGGUGCAACACUUGUUAAGCUUGUUGAGAGAUUAACAUAUCAUAUUUAUGCUGAUCCUGCGUUUGUACGUACAUUCCUAACGACAUAUAGAAGUUUUUGUUCACCACAAGAAUUAUUAACAUUACUUACCGAAAGAUUUAAUAUACCAGAACCAUCGUUAGUUUAUGGUGGUGGUGAUGAUGAUGAUAAAUCAAUAAGUAGUGUUAAAGCAACAGCAAGAGAAGAUUGGAAAAGAUAUAGAAAAGAAUUUUAUCAACCAGUACAAUUUAGAGUAUUAAAUGUAUUACGUCAAUGGGUUAAUCAUCAUUUUUAUGAUUUUGAACGUGAUAGAAAUUUAUUAGAAAAAUUACAAAAUUUCUUAGAUGCUGUUAAUGAUAAAUCAAUGAGAAAAUGGGUUGAUUCUGUUAUUAAAAUUGUACAAAGAAAAUGUGAACCAUUUGAACAAAAACCAAUAACAUUUAGUUUUGGAAAAUUACCACCACCAAUUGAAUGGCAUUUAAAAGUCAAUGAAGAUGAAUGGAGUAUUUUGACGCUGCAUCCAAUUGAAUUAGCACGACAAUUAACAUUGUUAGAAUUUGAAUUAUAUAAAACAGUUAAACCAUCUGAAUUAGUUGGUUCAGUGUGGACUAAAAAAGAUAAAGAUAAAACAUCACCAAAUUUAUUAAAAAUGAUAAAACAUACAACAAAUAUAACAAGAUGGCUUGAAAAAACAAUUGUUGAAGCUGAAAAUUUUGAAGAAAGAGUUGCAAUUGUAUCACGUGCAAUUGAAAUUAUGAUUGUAUUACAAGAUCUUAAUAAUUUUAAUGGUGUAUUAGCAGUUGUUAGUGCAAUGAAUUCAGCAUCUGUUCAUAGAUUAAAAAUGACAUUUCAACAAAUACCAGCAAGAUUAGAAAAAGCAUUAGAAGAAGCAAGUGAAUUAGAUAAAAAUCAUUUUCGUAAAUAUCAAGAAAAACUUAGAUCAAUUAAUCCACCAUGUGUACCAUUUUUUGGUAUGUAUUUAACAAAUAUACUUCAUAUUGAAGAAGGCAAUCCAGAUUACCUGCCAAGUUCACCAGUAUUAAUUAAUUUUAGUAAACGUAGAAAAGUUGCUGAAAUAACUGGUGAAAUACAACAAUAUCAAAAUCAACCAUAUUGUUUAUCUGUUGAAAAAAGUAUACGACAUUUUAUUGAAAAUUUAUCACCAUUUGAUGUAAAUAUGAAUGACGCUGAAAUUAGUAAUUAUUUAUAUAAUAAAAGUCUUGAAGUUGAACCACGUGGUUGUAAACAAUUACCUCGAGUACCAAGAAAAUGGCCAGAUUUAAAUUUAAAAUCACCUGGUAUUAAAGCACGUGCUGCAGGUGGUAAAGCACCAGGAGCAUUACAAGCUGUUGCAUCAAGCGUACGUUUACAUGAUCCAUCACCAGAUACUGUACCACCACCUCCACCACCACCACCAUUAUUAUUAUCAUCAUCAUCAUCAUUAUUAUUAUCGUCAUCAUCAUCAUCAGAAUUACCAGAAACACCACCACCAUAUACAACACAAAAUUCAACAUUACAUUCAAUGAUUGGCGGUGGUGGUGGUGGUGGAGCAGGUGAUCACAGUGUAUUUGCUCCUGUUUUACUUGGUGGACCACAACCAGGAUCACCUGGUCAUUUAAGUAUGUCAAGUUUUUCACUUGGAUCACCUGGUAAUAGUCCUCAACUUAAAUCACCUGGACAUAUGCAAACUUCUCAUCCUCAAUUACAACAACAAACAACACAGUUUGGCUUUAGUUCAGGAACAAUUGGUUAUGGUCUUCCAGGACCAGAUGGUAGCCCUGGUCCAUUAUUACCACCACCAUUAUCACCAAGUCAUGCACCAAUUAGUCAACAACAACAACCACCACCAUUACCACCAAGAUGUCAUAGGAGACGUGAAAGUUCUAUUAGUGAAUCCCCUCAUCAAGCUCGACAGGCUCCAAAUGCUCCAUUGUUACCACCAAGAGAAGGCACUUCACCACCACCUCCAUUACCACCAAGAAAAGAUUUUCCUCCAAUAAUGUUACCACCUCGUCUUCCAGCUACAUUAAAUCCUAGUACUUCUGCUUUACUUGCAAGAAGAAAUUCAAAUCUUGAAGGUGCAAGUGCAAGUGCCACACAUGCCAGACGUUAUAUGUCAUUCAAUGGACCAAGCCCCACAAAACUUCCUCCUUCACAACCAAAUGGCUCAGUUACACCACGUUUACCUCCCAAGCCACUUCCUGGACGACCUCCAACGACAAUGUUUAAUUUUAAUCCAGGAUCAAGCUAAGUUUUCUUAAUAUUCAUUAAUAGUAUUUCGUUAAUCAAGAUAAUAACAACAAAAAAAAAUUUUAAAUCAGCGCACAUUAAAAAUCUUCCAAAUAAAAAUAAAAUUAUUGACAUUCCUUGCAACGAAAUUAUGCAAAUGAAUGAAAAUUAUUAAAUGAAUAUUAUCAUACUAUUAUCAAGUACAAGGCAUUGUUCUAUUUGUGCUUAUUUACUUUUUUUUCAAGUAAAAAAUAAGAAAUGUUAUUUUUUAAAGUGAUGGAGACUGUUGUUAUUUGUACAAUAUAUUUUUAGAUAUUUUUAACAUACCUAGUUUGGUAGAUGUAUAAUGUAAAUGACAUUUUAAUAUUUCCCAUCCAAAGUAAAUUGAUGAUAAAUUAAAUAAAUCGAUAGUAAAAGAAAAUAUUAAAACAAAUUUUAAAAACACGAAUUUUAAUGAAAGACAAGCUCAUUGUAAGUGUAAAUAUUAUUUUACAAUUUUCAUUAUUUUAAAUUCGAGUCAUCUCGAAAAAUAUUACUAAGAAAUUUUAUUGAGAAAAAAAAAAAAACUAAUGAAAUGUUAAAUUUCAUAAAAACGAAAAGUAAAAAAAUUUUUUAUUCAAAAUAAAUAUAUAUAUAUUGACAAAAAAAAAAAAAUUGAAUUAACAAAAUGACAAUUAAGAGCUUUUUUUUUUUUUUUUUUGUAAAUGAGGUUCAAUAGUUUAUUGAAUGAAUAUUUCGAAUCGAAAUGUGUGAAUAAGAUUUGAGAUUUUUAAUGUGAACCAAAAUUGUCCCAAAAAAAAAAUAUAAAAAAAUUAAAUAUCAUUGUUAAUUAAUCCCUGGGACCCCUGCCCCCUCCAAAUACAACUGUGAUACACUAUUGAACGUGAGUAUGUAUGUUAUGUAAACUAGACGUUUUUAAUUAUCAAAGUUGAGAUUAAAAAAAAAUAAUAAUAUUAUAAUAAUAAAGUUGAAAGAAAAUUAAUAAAAAGGAUUAAGGAAAAAAAAUAUAUCUUUUAAGAAAUAAAUAAUAAUGAAAAAUUUUAAAAAAUACAAAAAAAAAAAAAUAUUGAAUAAUAGAGAACACAUUAUUAUGUACAUGUAUAUUAUUAUUAUUAAAAUAAAUUGUAUAUUAUUAUUAAAAUAAAUAGUUAUGCAAUGAUGCAAAUUUGAUGGCGAAAAAAAAAAAUGAAUAAUUUGAACAUAAAAAAAAAAUAGAUAAAAUGAAUCAUUGUAAAAUAAAAAAUUAUAUUGUGUAG